AUGUUUAAUUCAUACCUUAGGACUCCACCAUUUGAGGCCAGUGAGUUUAAUGAGAGUAGAGAUUACUUUUCCUCCAAGCCUAAAUUGUCGGAGCCACUUUACAACUUGUCAACAUCAUCAUCAUCAUGUUCAUUAGGAUCUAGCGGCGAUAGUGCUGAAGAAAGAGAGGCACCGCAAAUGAUAUCGCCAGUAGAAAAAGAUGACAAUGUCAGAACAAAUCCUAAUGAUUAUAAAUUUUUGGUUCUCGAUGAUAACUACAUAAAUUUGAAAAUAUUGUCACGCAUGUUAAGCAAAUUAUAUCCGAAUGCAGUUAUUGACACUCUUCAAGAUUCAAGAGAAGCUUUGGAUAAAAUUUCUAGCGUGAAGUACGAUGUCGUUUUUUUGGACAUAGAGAUGCCACAUGUAAGUGGCACUGAGCUUGCAAGUACUAUUAGGAACAUAGAAGAUCACAAGCGCUUAGGUCUUAUAGCAGUAACAACAAGAUAUAUGAGGGAAAGUUUAUUACUAUACGAAAGACUCGGGAUAGACUUUACUUUCUCUAAACCGUUAAACUAUAGCUAUGAGUAUAUAUCUGGAAACAUUGAGCUAGUCAUGGAAUACCGAAUGGGUCUAGAGAAAAAGAAUUAG